AUGGUGGAAAUUGAGGAGCUGUCCGGAUCUGGAUCUGACACUAGUUCCAGCGAAAUGGAGUUUGAUCCUUCGUCUCAUAUUUGGGCAGACCUAGUUCCUGAUGAUCAAAUCGAUGGGCCAGAGCCACUAUGUCCCAUUCUCUACGACCCGGAUUGUGCGUACAGGCGUGUCAUGGGACUUUUCCGUGCUUUACGAGCGAAAUAUAAUGGAGAGGUAGAAGUGUCUGAACGCUCUUUAGCUUUGACAUUCUAUCUUGUUCAUUUGAAUCCGGCAAACUAUACCAUCUGGCAGUAUCGUGCACAAGUCCUCAUUCAAAUGGCUACAGAUGAGGAUCAUGCACUUCUUUUAAAAAAGGAGCUCGAAUUUCUUGAUCAUUUUGCGUUGAUAAACAUGAAAAAUUAUCAAGUUUGGCAACACCGCAAAGUCAUUGUAUCUAUGCUCGGAGACCCGUCGAAGGAAUUGGAUUUUACAAAAGCUGUGCUCUCAGAAGAUGCCAAGAACUAUCACACAUGGGCCUAUCGUCAGUGGGUCCUUUCUCACUUCGGUGGCUUGGAUGUGACCCCUAUCACCUCUAAUGUUCCCGGUGCCGGUAGUUCCCCAGAGCUCUGGCAAGGGGAGAAUGAGUUUACCAAGACACUGUUAGAGCAAGACAUUCGCAACAAUAGUGCCUUCAACCACCGGUGGUACUGUCUCUUCGGACGACGAAUGCAUGGCCGUGAUCAGCUACCAGCCGAGGUAGAAUCAGUUCGUGAUGCAGAAAUAAGGUUUGUGGACCGCACAGCGUCGUUCUAA